AGGAAAUUACCGGGUUUGCUUGGUCAGUGGGCUUGGUUGGUUGACAGUAAUCUUGCUAUGGCUGCAAAGGGACAAAAGAGGGCUGACCCUACUGAGCUGAAAGCUAUUUUCAUAAAGUAUGCCAGCAUCCAGAAGAACAAUGAGGCCUUCAUGUCUCCAGAGGACUUUGUGGCCCGGUUUCUCUAUGCACACACUGACAUCAGGUUGUCUGACGAGGCCACCUCACUGCUGGCUGGGGUGGUGGACCAGAAGAAAGAUGGGUUGAUCUCCUUCCAGGAGUUUGUGGCCUUUGAGUCGGUCCUCUGUGCCCCUGAUGCUCUCUACGUGGUUGCCUUCCUGCUGUUCGACAAGACAGGCAAAGGAGCAGCCACCUACGAGGAUGUGAAGCAGGUCUUCAGCCAGACCACCAACCAUCAGCACAUCCCCUUUAACUGGGACUCUGAGUUCAUGCGGCUGCACUUCGGCACGGAGAGGACCAAGCACCUCAGCUAUGGAGAGUUCACCCAGUUCCUCCUGGAGAUGCAGCUGGAACAUGCACGGCAGGCCUUUGUUCAGAGGGACAAGGCCCACAGCGGCUCCAUCUCCGCCCUGGACUUCAGGGACAUCAUGGUCACCAUCCGGCCCCACAUGCUAACACCCUUUGUGGAGGAGAGCCUGGUGGCGGUGGCUGGGGGCAGUACAUCUCACCAGGUCAGUUUCUCCUACUUUAACGGCUUCAACUCUCUCCUCAACAACAUGGAUCUCAUUAGGAAGAUUUACACCACACUGGCUGGGAGCAGUAGAGUCCUGGAAGUCACUAAAGAGGAGUUCAUCAUUGCGGCCCAGAGGUUUGGUCAGGUGACUCCAAUGGAGCUGGACAUCCUGUUCCAACUGGCCGACCUCUCUGAGUCCCGUGGCCGUGUUGGUCUGGUGGACAUUGACAGGAUUUCUCCGCUGGAGGAGGGGGCCCUCCCAUACAACCUGGCUGAGGUCCAGAGACAGCUGUCCGGUGGUGACCCGUCCCGAUCUGUUCUCAUCCAGGUAGCAGAGUCCGCCUACAGGUUUGGCCUCGGCUCCAUCGCCGGCGCUGUGGGAGCCACAGCAGUUUACCCCAUAGACCUGGUGAAGACCAGGAUGCAGAACCAGAGGACCACAGGCUCCCUGGUGGAAGAGCUCAUGUACAAGAACAGCUUGGACUGCUUCAAGAAGGUGCUGCGUUAUGAAGGCUUUUUCGGCCUCUAUAGAGGUCUGGUACCACAGCUACUGGGUGUGGCCCCGGAGAAAGCCAUAAAGCUGACAGUGAAUGACUUUAUCAGAGGGAAGACCAGACAGAGAGAUGGAUCAAUCCCUGUACCUGCUGAGAUCCUGGCUGGUGCAUGUGCGGGUGGAUCCCAGGUGAUCUUCACCAACCCUCUGGAGAUUGUGAAGAUCCGCCUGCAGGUGGCUGGAGAGAUCACCACCGGCCCCCGCGUCAGCGCCAUAUCUGUCAUCAAGGACCUGGGUUUCUUUGGUCUCUACAAGGGAGCCAAAGCCUGUUUCCUGCGAGACAUCCCUUUCUCAGCCAUCUACUUCCCCUGCUAUGCGCACGUCAAGGCCUACAUGAGUGAUGAGGAUGGGAGAAUCGGACCGGGCAAGCUGCUGUUUUCAGGGGCCAUAGCAGGCAUGCCCGCGGCCUCCCUGGUGACCCCCGCCGACGUUAUCAAGACCAGGCUACAAGUGGCGGCCCGUGCAGGCCAGACCACGUACACCGGUCUCGCUGACUGCUUCUGGAAGAUUCUGAAGGAGGAGGGACCACGGGCCUUCUGGAAAGGAGCGGGAGCCCGAGUGUUCCGGUCCUCGCCCCAAUUUGGGGUCACCCUGGUGACCUAUGAACUCCUGCAGAGGUGGUUCUACAUUGACUUUGGCGGACAAAAGCCGUCUGGUUCGGAGCCGACUCCCAAGUCUCGCAUCAGCCUGCCGGCGCCCAGCCCCGACCACAUUGGAGGUUUCAGGUUGGCCGUGGCCACGUUCGCUGGCACCGAGAGCAAAUUUGGACUCCACCUCCCAAGAUACAACUCAAGUAACCCCCCGGUCCAAGAAGGACGCCCCUUGAAUUGAACCCCCUCUGCCCACACAUAGGGGGCAGAAUAGAGCACACGUGCAAUCAUUACACCCUCUCCCUCCCACCCCCAGCGAGUCGAGCACUUGGAAUAUUCCACCCGAAAGAGAAGCACAUUGUGAGUAGUAUGAUCUGCCUCUCUAGGCUUUAAAGAUAAAUAUGUGUCUAUUUUAGUUGAUGAGAAUUUUUUAAAGCUAUUAUGAUCUUCAGAAAUGUACCUUUCUACAUCAUGGUCUAGAAACACAAAAACGUUGUUUUAGCUUCUCUUUUAGUCUUAGCUACCCGUAAAGAUUACUUUUUGAGUCAGUCUUAUUGUGAAGAUCAAGUGAUAUCUACAGUACUGACAAUGUGUGUCUAGAGUAGUGUUCCAGUUUGUCUUUUCAUACAGUAAUAUACACAGUAGUGGAGGGGCUGGCCAUGACUUGAAUUAGACCUGGACUGCUUCCUUUCAUUACAUCAUCACUAAGGCUGGGACUCAUUCAAAUGUGCAUUGUCAACAUGUGCAUUGCACUUGCUUUUAAAGGUCAUUUACACUUGAGCCGACAUGUCCCGUAUUUCACAUGAAGGCCAUCUCUUUAAAAGACACUUGACAGUUCAAUGUGCUCGUCUACAACGUGCCUUUGAUUGAAUCUUGGUCUAACCAUCACUUUAUAUGAUGGUGCUUUUACUGUCUUCCACCUGAGAGUCUGAUAAAUACCAAACAGAAUGAGCCCUAUCCGCAGGAUGGGGAUAGUAGCACAAGUACGCACAUCCAAAUGACGGUUCUACUGUACAUCCGAAUGACGGUUCUACUGUACAUCCAAAUGACGGUUCUACUGUACAUCCGAAUGACGGUUCUACUGUACAUCCGAAUGACGGUUCUACUGUACAUAUGAAUGACGGUUCUA